AUGGGUGUAGGACAAUCAUUGAUAUCUUCAGAGGGCAUUGCAAGGAAGUUGGGCUUUAGUAAUCAAAUGAGUGAUGAGUUGGCAUUGCUGAUAUCAAGUCAACCAUUGCCAGAGGAUCUCGAUACAUUCAUGGAGAGUGUAUUGCUCAGUCUCAACUUCUCAGAGAGCUCCAAUCACAAGCAUCUAUCAGAUCUACUCAAACAACUAUCACGAGAACUAGCUGGCAGGACUGCCGCCACUACGACAGCCACUCAGCGAUAG